GCAAUUUUGUUUCUGCAACUUAUUUGGCGGUUUUGUCGCUGCGAGUAUUUUGGUUAAUUUGUUUUUGUGACUCUGUGGAACCCAGUUCAGCUACUGUAUUUUCAGGAGCACUCUUGCAAUUUGAUUGUGUGGCACUGCGAAAAUGGAUAAAAGUUGCAAAGGCAAGAGAACCAUUAAGAGAGCAACAAUAGAGGUGAAGAAGCAAAUUAUUUCCAAGCAUGAAAGUGGUGUCCGUGUAAGUGAUCUGGCAACGCAGUUUGGUAUGGCCAAAUCUACAAUUUGUACCAUCUUAAAAAAUAAGGAAGCCAUUAAAGGAGCCAAUGUUGCAAAAGGUGUUAAAACACUCACAAGGCAACGAACACAGACAAUUGAAGAAGUGGAAAAAUUGCUUUUAAUAUGGAUAAAAGAAAAACAGUUGGCCGGUGACAGCAUUUCUGAGAGCAUAAUUUGUGAAAAAGCUUUACAUCUACAUGCAGAACUCAUCAGAAACACCCCUGGAACAAGUGCCGAGGGUGAGAUUUUCAAGGCAAGUAGAGGUUGGUUUGAUAAUUUUAAGAGGAGAAGUGGCAUACACAGUGUGGUGAGACAUGGUGAAGCUGCCAGUGCCAACAAAUUAGUUGCUGACCGAUUUGUUUUGGAUUUUAAAGAUUAUGUUGAGUCACAGGGUUUCAUUCCCCAACAAGUUUUCAACUGUGAUGAGACAGGCCUCUUUCGGAAGAAAAUGCCAAAGAGGACCUACAUAACAAAGGAGGAGAAAUCAUUGCAAGUGAAUAGUGAUGAUGUGGAGGAGUUAGUGGAGGACCACAAGACUGAGCUCACCACAGAAGAACUCCAAAACAUCCCGACGGAGCAGCAACAGGCGGCAACUGAGGAAAUAUCUUUGGAGGAGAGCAGAGAAAUUGUAUCUACUGCACUGAUCAAAGAGAUGUGUGCAAAAUGGGCUGAAGUGCAAAGUUUUGUUGAAAAAUAUCACCCUGAUAAAGCUGCUGUAAGCCAUGCCACCAACACUUUCAAUGAUAAUGCUAUUUCUCACUUUAGACAAAUUUUAAAACAUCGGCAAAAGCAAAUAUCAACUGGAAAAAAAUUAGUGAGGAAAAGAAUCAGCGGGUCUGAACCAGGUGUCAGUGGUGUAAAAAAAGCAAGGGAAGGAACAGCAGGAGAGGAGUCACUUACUGCUAUUAUGGAAGAGGACCCUGACCCCUCAUCCAAACAAUGACUAUCAUCAGUGAAGGAAAACAACUAUGCCUCAUUGUUCCAAAGCGAGCAAAUCUGGAAUUUGGGAUACUAACAAGCUUUACACAAACUGGUGCCAUGUCUAGCCUUGAACUGGCACUAAGUACUUGAAGGGGGGGAACCGACACCCCAAAGGUGGAGGACUUUGAGGUCCAUGCUGGAUCGCCUGGAAUGAGUGCUGAGGAUCCCCUUGACAGGCUGUCUGGUGGGAAACUGUCUGAAGAACCCUUUGAGCUGUCAGAGGAAGAGACUGAGCCAGCCCUCAGUCCUGAAUAACUCUGGCACCAAUUGGCCUGGGCACGGACUGAAGAGCAAUGACAUAGCAUGGGUCUGCAGACGCAGACGUUGUACAUGGUAAGCAAUUGUUGGAACUCCUUUACUACCAGCAGCUGGGGUUAGGGUGUUAUGUAUGAGGCCACAGUAUAUAAGGUCUUACACAUUAGCCUUUUAGUUGCAGGAAACAACACAGAUAUCUCUUCUUGUUUGUGGGAUCCUUAGUCCUGCUUCCAAUUCCCUCACCUUGCUGAAUUCACUGUGAUGUUCAACUUGGGUGUACUUUUGGAUCACAUUUUGGACCUAGUCUGAUUCUCUGUGGCUCAAGACCAUAGCCCCCUGAGGGCAUGCCCUGCAGCAUGACAAUUGUUUCAUUUAACCAGUGUCCUUAGUAAUUCAUAUCUAUCCAUUGGUAUGUUGCAAAUGCCACCACUAUUGCAUCAUCUGGUGUUAAACAGUGACCAGCAUCACAUGCUCUUUGACCUGAUAUAACAGUUCCUUGAGAUAGUCACAGAAGGAAACGUUUGCAGUGCAAUCCUGUACAAUUCAACUCAGAAAUAUGCCUCAUUGCGUUCAGUGGGGCUUACAGGUAAAGGUCUAUAGGAGAGCAGCCUCAUUUAACUAAACUUUAAUUCAUAAAGUAACACCCCUCCCCAAAAAGCCCCCUAGGUUUCAAAACUUAUUUGUUCAUUGUCAGUUCUUUUUCACAUUGUUUUCUGUGGCAACUUCUUAUUUAAUUCUACAGAAGUGCAAUCAAGGUUAUGGUUUGAAGGAAUGUAGGGCGAUCAUCUUGCUGAAACUAAACUGGUGGGGGUCCAGCCAGCACCUACAUGAGAGAUUUCAUGCAGCUUAAGACUCUGACUCAAAGAACAUCACCCCCAGAAAAGACAUUUAUCUAUUGUAAAGGUAUUUUACCAAACUAAUAAGACAAUUGAUAACAUCCCCCCUUAAAACACUUUGCUUUUACACUGAAAACACCCGUUUUAUUUAUUUGUUGAGCCACAGUUUAUGUGGUUUGUCAUAUGAAAACAUUCAUCAUCGUUUCAUAAUUACAGUCGCUAUGAAGAGGCUGCCAAGAAAUGCUUUAUUGGUUGCAGGGGCUCAUGAGAGCAGCAUACCUUGUGGACUGGCAUGGAAAGUAUGCCAAUCUCAAGGAAGCCACCAGGAAUGUGCAAGGAAGCAGCAGCAACCUCACAGCAACCAAGCAUGAGUACUGGUUAUAUAAUGCAUAAAAAGGCCAUAAUUACUUGUUUUUUAAAGUCUGUUAUUUUAUUGGUAUUCUCUUAUGAAUGUUUUACAUCACUUUAUGUAAACUGCUUAGAGUUGUUUUGGUUAGGUGGCAUACAAUCGUUAAAUAAAUGUAUGAAUUUAA